CGAAAACCAGGCGUCCGUUGAAAUGAUUCGCGAAACAGAAGAGAAAUUCGUCGCUUUUAACUCUCUCAUCUGAUGCAGCAUAAGGAAGAGAACGAGGAGAGAAGAUGGCAGAAGACGAUAACAAACCCAACGGCGUUUCAAUGGACUCUGAAGAAAAUCCGCGUCUGAUCGCAAUCGAGCAGAUGGAAAAUAACUACAAUCAUCGAGAAGAGACCUUGUACGGAGUCUUCAAUCACCUCUUCGCCGCCGUCUUUUUCCCCGAUCCCAGCGCAUCUUCCCUCCCUCUAAUCCAACGGCUCAGAAAUGCCUUCUCUGAGAAAUCCCCUUCUCUGAAAGAAGCUACUAGAAACUCCACUCGGAAGCUGCUUGUCUGGACUAGGCGCGGCAGCCCCUUGCGUGCUCUCCUCGUCAUAUCGGUUGGGACGAUCACGCUUCUAGCCUUGACGGGAUUAAUGGUUUUCAUGCUUUUCUUUCAGGCAGCAACAGUCAACGCCAUUGUCAUCUCUUUGCUCAUGUCCUUGGCAGCGGCUGGAGGUUUCUUAGCUAUCUUCUUCGCCUGCUUAACGGGAAUCUACAUCAUGGCAUUAUCAGUGGCCGUUUUCGUUAUUUCCACUACAACCAUCUCCACAAUCAUUGCGGUUAUUAUAGCUACAGGGUGGAUUGGGUUCUUCUCGAGUCUCUGGCUAGCUGCCAACAAAGGUCUGGACCUCACCAAACACUCUCUGGCCAUGACCAGGUCGGCAAUCUUUGCAUAUUCUACCUCUCGACAUGCUCGCCGGCAUGGCCUGCCAAAUGAAGCUAAGUAGUUCCAGAUACUAGUGCUCUAAAUGGUACAAUGCUUCGCAUCUCAUAUAAAUAAUCUCACUCUAUGCUUGUGCCUUCUUUGUAUAUGUGGUGGUGAAUGCAUGUUUCUUGUUUACAUGGACAUGAGUGAAAUCAAAUGCGUGCUUUCAAUUUUGUCUA